UGGGGCACUGGCCCGGACCUCUUGCCUCCACAUUUCGUGUAUAUAAUGAGGGAGAGGUAGAAAAGGAGAGCUAGACGUUAAGUAACCACCAGUAACCAAUGGCUGUAGCUCCUUUCUUGUGACCGCGCGCAGCGUCAGACCUCCACACGCUGCGUUCGAGGGGACUGAUGGCAGAGCGCUUCAGGCAACGCCACAAACCUGCUUCCACUCUACAGUCCAUGUAACACAGGGGUGCUUUGGAAGAAUGGCUGGAAAUAAGUCGUCGGGAUGAGCGCGGUAUCAUAAGCCGCUUUAGUUUGAAUGGAUCAUUCUCUCUAACUCAGUGUCUGUUAUUUAGAGAUGAUAUCAAAUUGACGCCAGUCAUCAUACCUGGAUUUCCCUGGCCUUAUAUUGAAAUGGCAACAGGAAGGAAAAGCUCCACUUCAAAAGGUGGAGUACAUUUCCCUGAUGAUGAUGAUGAAGACGUUUCCAUUAACAAAAGUUGUGAUGAAAAGCUUCAGGAUAAAGUAAUCACAGCUCUACCAGAACCUGAUGGUGCAUAUCUUGUUAAGGUGGGAUUUUUAAGGAGCCAUCACAAAUAUGAAAUCAUCUUUUCUUUGCCGCAAGUCCCAACACUAGGCAAAGAUGUCUCCCUUUCUCCCGCACUACGCAGUUCUGCAAAACCACGACUACGUGCAACACGCAUUACACCACGCCCUGAGGGGGGAGUGAGGGUGGUUUGUGAGUACAUCGCUCAGCAGGAGGGAGUGGUGCAAGAGGAACUCACCCUGGUCAACAGGAGCAGAAGGGACAGCAGCGUCCGAGUUCGAUUACAGGCCAGAGUCAUGGAUCGCCACCACGGGACACCAAUGUUACUCGAUGGAGUGCGGUGUGUUGGUGAAGAAAAACACACAAAAUAAUGACACAGAGAAGAUGUGGUUAAAUCGGUUUGCUUGUGUAAAUGAUGAAAAUAAACCAAAAUGAAUGAAUGCAUAUGUGAAUGUUCCUCAGAAUGUGAACAACCUAUCUCACAACCAUCCAUGGAGGAUCACAACUGAAUUGUUCCCGCACUCAAAUUAAAAUAGAGCCACUAUUCUAGAGUCUACGUAUCACAGGUCUGCUAAUCACAUCACAAAUUCAUCUUUAGUUUUUAACAGAAUU